GUGUGUCCAAACACACAGGAAAAACUCCUCCUGAAUCAUCUGAGAUCCACUAACAAGACACAAUAUUAUUAAGAUGGAGUUCAUUAAAGAAGAGAGUGAAGAUGUGAAGAUUAAAGUCAAACAUGAAGAUACUGAGACACAAACGAAGAUUGAGUUUAUUAAAGUGGAGAGUGAAGACAUGAAGAUCGAAGAAACAUUUGUCAAACAUGAAGAUACUGAGACACAAACAGACCUGGUGGCGGUGAAAGAAGACAGGCAAGAACUGACAAAGAUAGAAGAGAAAGAUCAAUAUGAUAGAAUUGACUUCAUGACUGUUGAAAAAUCAAUACAGACUGAAACAACUCCACCACAAAAAAAAGUUCAGCAGACCGAAUCUGACAGUUGCUUCACUUGCCUUCAAUGUGGAAGGAUGUUCAGUCAAAAAUGUAACCUUAAAAGCCAUAUGAGAAUUCAUACUGGAGAAAAGCCUUUCACAUGUCAACAGUGUGGAAAGAGUUUUAGACAUAAACAAGGUCUUGAUUCCCACAUGAAACAUCACACUGGAGAGAAACCUUUCACCUGCCAACAGUGUGGAAAGAGAUUAUCAAGUAAGGAAAACCUUAAAUACCACAUGAACCUUCACACUGGAGAGAAACCUUUCACCUGCCAACAGUGUGGAAAGAGUUUCUUACGUGAACAGAACCUCAAAUGCCACAUGAAAAGACACACUGGAGAGAAACCUUUCAUUUGCCAGCAGUGUGGAAAGAGUUUUGAUCGAAAACACACCCUUAAAAGUCAUAUGAGAAUUCACACUGGAGAGAAGCCUUUCACAUGCCGACAGUGUGGAAAGAGUUUUAGACAUAAACAAGGCCUUGAUUCCCACAUGAAACAUCAUACUGGAGAGAAACCUUUCACCUGCCAACAGUGUGGAAAGAGUUUUAGACAUAAACAAGGCCUUGAUUCCCAUAUGAAGCUUCACACUGGAGAGAAACCUUUCACCUGCCAACAGUGUGGAAAGAGUUUUGAUCGAAAACAAACCCUAAGCAGCCACAUGAGAAUUCACACUGGAGAGAAGCCUUUCACAUGCCAACAGUGUGGAAAGAGAUUCAUUCACACAGGAAACCUUAAUGCCCAUAUCAAAAUUCACACUGGAGAGAAACCUUUCACCUGCCAACAGUGUGGAAAGAGUUUCAGGAAGAAAGAGUCCCUUAAUUCCCACACAAAGAGCGAACACCCAGGAGAGAACGGUUUUAUAUGUCAUCGGUGUGGAGAGAGUUUCAGUUGUAAAGUAAGCCUCAAAACUCAUGAGACUUCACAUUCCAGAGAAGCCAUUGGCAUAUAAUCAGUGUGGAAUGAAUUUCGGACAUAAAGCAACCCUUGAUUAAACCCUUGUAUACUCACUGGAGAGAGACAUCUUUCACGUGCCAUGACUGUGGAAAGAGUUUCAGAUUUAAAGGAAUCCUUAAAGUCAGCUUGAGAAUCCACACUGGAGAGAAACCCUUCGCCCUCACUCACUGUGGAAAGAGUUUGUCAUAAAAAUAGUCUUCGGAUUCACGAGGCUUCACACUGGAGAGUAAAAAAGAAAAGACAUGCAGAUGUGAUGCCAUAUUUGUGUUCUUUGUGUGGAAAGCGUUUUAAAUGGCCCAGCAGUUUAAAAUAGGUUAUCUGUGUAACUAAAGCUAUGUUCAAUAAGGCCCAGAUCUGAUAGUCCACAUGCUUGAUCGAAAGCAUUCUCCAAUUCUUAUGAACUUGUCUUGUUUUUUUUUUUGUCUUGUACAUAUGAACUGCUGUGUGUUUGUGCGACCAUCUGCUUUGUUAUAGUUCAGUUCUCAAAUUUUUGGUUUGUCAAAAGACACUUUUGUGGAAAUUCACGUCAUAAUUAAAAUUAAUUAUGAUUGUCA